ACGCAGCAUUAGUGAAAGAUAAAAAUGGACUUCUCCAAACUGUUGGGCUUCGUGGCUUUCAUAUGUUUUAGUAUUUCCAUGACAGCAUCUUCUUCGAUCGGACAGUUCAAUUUGAGGGCGAAUUUGACGCGCAGAUCAGAGGAAGGGAUCGAUUCUACCCAGCGAUUGCGUCGGGCGGUGGAUCGAAGUAAGAGACGAAUGAAUACGAUAGAGGCGUUUGUAGAGCAGCAGAUAGCUGGCCAGUUUGACGCUGAAACGCCCAUUCGCGUGGCAGGCGGAGAAUUUCUGAUGGACGUUGCAGUAGGAACACCCUCGGUGAGUUUUGAAGCGAUUGUUGACACGGGGAGUGAUCUGAUUUGGACUCAGUGCAUGCCUUGCCAGAAGUGCGAUCAGGCUACUCCAAUCUUCGACCCCUCCAAAUCGUCCACGUAUUCCAGAGUUCCCUGCACUAACUCUCUUUGCUAUGCUUUGGGGGUUUCUAAAACUGGAUGCAAUCCAGAUUGUACCUACGAUUAUACAUAUGUCAGCGGUGAGACUAGUGGUGAUCUGGCUUACGAGUCACUCUCCAUUGGGAGCGGCAGCGGCAGCAAUGUUCCACGCAUUGCUUUUGGAUGCAGCCAUAACAGCCAAGGAUUGUCUCCGUACGCCGGUCUUGUGGGCCUGGGAAGAGGUCUUCUCUCACUCAUCUCACAAUUAGGUCCCAUGGUAGAUAACAAAUUCUCUUACUGUCUUUUGCCCAGGACCGAUUCCUCUUCACAAACAAGCCUUCUUAUUUUUGGUGAGAGUGCUUCCUUGAGCGGAGCCAACACUUUCGCAUUCAUUAAGAACAGUGCGUUUCCUUCUUUCUGGUAUAUUCCUCUUACAGGAAUCACCCUCAAUGGUAAGCCCGUAAAUAUUCCUGCUGGAACUUUUGAUCUGCAAUCGAACGGUAGAGGAGGCAUGAUCAUCGACUCGGGAACCACCCUUACCUAUCUUGUGGAGGCUGCCUACACUCCUCUCAGGGAAGCAAUUCAGUCCGCCAUUGAUCUUACUCCUACAGACGGCUCUUCUGUGGGUUUUGAUCUGUGUUACCAGACAUCAGGUAAGGUCGCCUUGCCUUCACUUACUUUCAACUUCGCCGGCAGCGUGAAUUACGAGCUUCCACCGGAGAACGUUUUUGUUCGUGCAUCUGAAAAUCUCUUGUGCCUCGCCAUGGGUGCCAUGAGGGGACUUUCCAUCUUCGGAAACGUACAACAGCAGAACUUCCAAAUCCUUUACGACAAUGCUCAGAACACACUUUCCUUUAAGCCCGCUAAAUGUGAUUCUCUUUAAAUACUUAUCGCCCCCUUCAGUCUUGUCUUCUUCUUCCUCUUCCUCUUCUUUUGUUUCUGUCAUGGUCGUUUUCUUCCAUGUUCCAAUAUAAUAUGUAAUGUCUAUCUCGUAUGUAUGUUUCCUGCGCUGCAUAAUAUACAAGAAAGCACAAUAGUCCUCGUGCUUUU